CUCGCAUUCGCUUUUCUCUCUUCCUUUCUCCCUUUGACCCAACGCCCUCUUUCUCUCCCUCUAUCCAUUUUUUUGCUCCUCAUACCUUUGCAUAAUGACCAACGAAAUUGCUGUUGCCCCUGCUUCUGCAGAACAAGAGGUCUCAGAAAAGAAGGCCGUGGAAGCCCAGAAGGCUGAAGGAAUUACAGCAGAGGAAGAAGGAGAAUACAAGGAUCGUUUCCUGGAGGGUAGUCAGCGCAUCAUUGCUUACGAUCUGUUGGAAGCGCGUGGCAAAUCAAGUGAAACGUCAGAUCCUGAUGUCGAACGGUACAAAAAGGCCAAGAAAAUGUUCCUCAAGGGUUACGACUUGUGCAUGACGAUCCCACGUUCAUUGGAUGAGGAGGUCCUGUUAAACCAUGAGCAAGAUGUCAGAACCGCAGCAGAGACUUUGGUGAAUGCCUGGUUACUGGAUGACAAGGCCGCGCCCAUGUCCGAACGCGUACUUAUUUUGGGUCAGCAAUAUGAAAAGGUGUUGCUGAAGGAUGUCGCUGAAGCUGAACGGGAAGGCUUCUUCAUUAAAGAGAGUUUGCUGUUUUCUGCUUGGAUCUUGUUGGUAGGACGUCAAUACCAGCACUGCUUGACGACACUUACGCUCGCAAUUAAUACCUACGACGAUUUGCCAGCACGCGUGUACUUCCUUCGUGCUUCAUGCUACUUCUCUCUGGGCAAGCUGAGAAUUGGCCUCAAGGAUUUGGAAAAGUGUCUUCAAAAGGACCCAGGAUUCACUGUGGCAUACAGUGUGCUCGGAUCUAUUCACAUGAACCUGAAAGAACGCGACCAGGCUAUCAAGGGAUUCAAGGAAUACCUUGAACGUGGCCACCCCGAUACCGCCGAUUACGUCAAUGCACUGUACUCACUUUCCAUUCUUUUGCAAGAGAAGAGCCGCAAGUCUGAAGCUCGUGAAAUGUACAAAAAGGCCAGAGAUGCAGAAGCACGUUUCAAGUAUUUGUACGGUACCAAUACUGGUAUGAGCGAUACCAAGCGCCAGGCUGUGCAGUUGCACGAGUCUGCCGAGGACGCACGCAAAAUCAUUUUCGACGCCAUGCCCGCCAAGCAGUACAACAACAAAAUCCAACAGCUCAUCGAGGCAGGUAUUCUGAACUCGCCGUACGCUGCCAGUCCAGAGCAGUGCUCCAACUGUGGUUCCAAGCAUUUAAAAGACCAGCCAGGCAAGCCUUUGCUGUGCUGCGGUGGAUGCAAGAGCAUUUGGUAUUGUUCUCGCGAUUGUCAAGUCAAGGACUACAAGGCUUGCCACAAGGCUGCCUGCAAAAAGGCACAAAAGUGAAGUGUUGUCAGGUGCAGGAUGAUUUUGCUUAAAAACGUAUCAGUGUAGUUCUUUUGUUUCCCCCUAUCUCUCUUUUUCUUUCUUCUUGCAACGCACUGUUUUUUGGCGUAGCGUAUACUAUAAAUUCCAUUUACAAUCAUUUUUACAUAUUU